GAGCGAGAGAGACAGAGAGAAUGCAUGUGUGUAUGCAUGUUUGUGCAGAAGGAGAAUUAUAUUCACGAAGCAUGGAAACUGGGCCAGACUGGGAUCUUGUCCAUGAUCAGCCGAAGUGAAAGGAAAAGGGUCAGUUUGAACCGUUUGGUGGAUCCUUAAAUGUAAAUUACAUUUCUUCAGACUUUGGCCAAUUGAAACAUUUUUAAUACAAAUGUUUCCUUUCACACGUGAGUAAAAUAAAAUGCGACUUAACGUUCUUUUUGAAAUCAGCAAAAGGAUAUUCCCAGGAACAAUAUCAGAUUUGAUUACAUUGAAACAUAGACACUUAACUGUUGGUUUCCUCAAUGACACCUGCAAAUGUUGCUAGGAAACACCAGAAAACAAAUGCAAUAUUUGUUCAGGUGAAUCAGGCACACAGUAACUAAAGCAAGUAUUCCUGACUACUUUGAGGAAACAUCAACUUGACACCGAAGCAUGCCGAAGAAGAAGAAGAAGAAAAAAAUCAUUCCACUGAGCAAGGUCUUCAGCAUCGAAAUGGCCAUGGAUUGCAUUAAACUGUUGGGGGAUGGCAAACAGUGCCUCAAUCUCAGCUUCAAAGAGUUUGACGCAGUCCCAGAAAGCAUCCAGAAACUGUGGCGAGUCGAGGAACUGAUCCUGGGCAGGAACCUCAUCGUUGAGCUGCCUGACUUUCUUCGUGACUUCACCAAAAUCCAAGUUUUGGACCUGCACAGCAACUAUCUGGAGAAAAUCCCCCCAACCGUCGGGCUCCUAAAGACCCUGGUGGUUUUGAAUUUGUGCAACAACCGUCUAAAACAAGUCCCCAAGGAGCUGGGCUUGCUGCAGAACCUCCAGAAGCUCUACUUGGGUCUCAACAAGCUUCAAAUACUCCCCACAGCCAUCGGGGACUUGCAUGAGCUCGUCUACAUCGGCCUCUCUGACAACAGAUUUUCCGUUGUGCCCAAGUGCUUGGAAAACCUCCCAAAGUUGAAAAAAAUCAACCUGGACAGAAAUCCCUUUCCUCCGCCCCCAGACUUGAAGAAAAUGGCUCUCCCGAAAACAUUUUUCAUGGCUAAUGCGUACAAUCUAUGUGAGGUCUGCCUUGAGAAUUGCAGAGCAGACAGAAAGAAGCUGCUGAACGCACGACAAGUUAAGGCUACUGUGCACGUGCCACGAGUGAAGACCGUUACCUAA